GAAGUGACGUUUCAUGCCGCCUCCACAGUCGCGUGCUCGGCUCUACGGGGUGGUAUGGCAGAGCCGGCGCCUGCGGGUUGGCUUUCUACCCCCGAGCUGACUGCAGCGAUGGGGACGUUGAGCGACAACGCUCUGCCGCGGGACAAUUGGGUGCUCUGGGCCAUGCUGCCGCCGCCUCCUCCUCCUCCUCUGUUGUCUCCUGCCGCGGGGUCCGAGCCGUCCGGGAAAACGCAGUUGCGCGUCCAGACCCAGUCUCUCUCCGGGGCGCCUCCCCCGUUCGAUGCUCAGCUUCUUCCCGGGGCGCAGCCUCCCGUCGAUGCCCAGGCCCAGCUGGAUGCUCAGCCUCAGCUCAGCGGCCAGUCGGCCUGGAACGUCCAAGCCUCGACACCUUGGUACUGGUGUCAGUCUCCUAAUGGUUUUCCUCUGCAUCAGACGUCCCACUACUCUCCUGUUACACAUUCUUAUUUUCCACAAAACCACGAAGCAAAAUUCAGUGACUUCAAUUUGCCUCCUAACAGAAAACAGAAAAAAAAGAAAAGAAAAGAACCGGUUUUUCACUUUUUUUGUGAUACCUGUGAUCGUGGCUUUAAGAAUCAAGAAAAGUAUGACAAGCACAUGUCUGAACAUACAAAAUGCCCUGAAGUGGACUGCUCUUUUAGUGCACAUGAGAAGAUUGUCCAGUUCCAUUGGAGAAAUAUGCAUGCUCCUGGUAUGAAGAAGAUCAAGCUGGACACUCCAGAGGAGAUUGCAAGAUGGAGGGAAGAACGGAGAAAAAACUACCCAACUCUGGCUAAUAUUGAAAGAAAGAAAAAGUUAAAACUUGAGAAGGAGAAGAGGGGAGAAGUAUUGACGACCACUCAGUAUGGCAAGAUGAAAGGCAUGUCCAGACACUCAAAAAUCAGAAGUCCUGGUAGACAUCGCAAAUGGAAAAACAAUGGUGCUAGGCAGAGAGCAGUCAUUGGAUCAGCCAGCGGUUCCAAGCCUCAAGCUCUGCCUCAGGCUAAUGCAGAUCCUCUGGGUGCUUUGAUAAAUAGUGACUCUGAGUCUGAUAAGGAGGAGAAACUACCACGGACUGUGGUUCCCAAGGAGGUGACGCCCGCCUUGUGUUCGCUGAUGAGCAGCUAUGGCAGUCUCUCAGGGUCAGAGAGCGAGCCGGAAGAAACGCCCAUCAAGACUGAGGCUGACAUUCUGGCAGAAAAGCAGGCUCUUCACAGCAGCCCUCCCAAGAGUCCAAGACAACAUGUUACAAGUGUCUCAGGAGCCAAGUGGGAGAACCAAAAGAAAGAUUCAAAAAACCUUAAGAGGAAAAGGAAUUACCCAAAUUAUCAGACAUUGUUUGAACCUAGAACACGUCAUCCAUGUCUCCUAGAAAUGCUUCUAGCUCCAGACAUUCGACAUGAAAGGAAUGUGAUUUUGCAGUGUGUUCGUUACAUCAUCAAAAAAGACUUUUUUGGACUUGACACUUGUUCUUUGAAAACUGAAGAUGUAUAGUGUUUAUAUUUCAGCACAUGUAAAUGAAGCAAAUAAAAUAGUACUGUCCUCAAGUACAGGAAACCAAAACACAUUAAAACCUGGAUCAGUAAUUAGAGUUUAAGCCUCAUAGGAUAUUAUGUUGGAUUUUAAGCCUAUCCUUAGAUUUUAUGCAAAUAAAUACAUCACCUACUUUUUAAGACUGUGUCUGUAU